UAUAAAAACAACUGCGCUCAACUUCGACAGCAUUUAUCGUGCUGUGUUCCUCAGAGGAACUCUUCAGCUGAGAGAGGCAAUCCAUUUCAAGAAGAAGAAGCAUUUUGAAAUGAGGAUGAAGUUCCUCGUGUCUUUGGCGGUGAUCUUCGUCACGCUGACAGGAGUAGUGCAGUCAGCCCCGACGCGCAGAUGCAAGGUCUUAUUUCGACGGUGUAGGAACGAUCUAGACUACGAAGGAAGAGUGUGCGGCACCGAUGGGACGACCUACCAGAACACCUGCAAGCUCGUGCUACAAGCCUGCGAGCAACGCACCGAGACCACUGUGGCCCAUUUGGGGAGAUGCCGCAAUGUGCCACAGAAUCCGGCACCCGUCUUCGGAGAGUGCCCGCGGAACUGCAGGAACGUCCCCCGUAAACCCGUCUGCGGCUCCGACGGCAGGAAGUACGCCUCUGCAUGCAUAGUCCAGCUGAAGAGAUGCAAGAAUGCCAGAAUGUCCGAGCUGACAGUUGUGUCGCCCUGGCCCUGCAGGAGGACGACCCCCGUGAACCAGGCUACUGGGGGAACGGAUGCUGAAAGCACAGAGAUGGACACAGAUACCGGAGACCAGCAGGAUGGAGGAGCCAAUGCCCAGCAGGCUGGCCAGGGCACCGACUUCUUCAAUGUCAAUGGCCAGAAUGAACAAGACGGAGAGGCUGCAGAGCAGCAGGACGGGGAGGGAGAAGAGCAGCAAGACGGGGAGGGAGCAGAGCAGCAGGACGGGGAUGGGGCAGAGCAGCAAGAU